AUGGUGAUCACGGUGGCUACCCUGUACGCUGUCUCACAACUUCCACGUCAUGUGACCUAUUUGGUGACCGUGAACAGUCCGAAAGCGUUCGAACGUGAAACCAUGAUGUACGUGUGGCUCGUCUGUCAUUUUUGUACAUGGUCUGCCACUUGUUACAAUUUGUUUAUCUACGCGUGGAUGAAUCGGGCAUUUCGUCGUGGUCUGUACGAUUUGAUCUAUCUAAUUUUCUACUGGUUCUGUUGUUGCUGUUCGGCCUGUUUCUGUUGGUGCGGUAAUUUGCGCGAAUCCACUCUGGUAAUGAAUGGGAACGGGGCUGUGGGUUCCGAAGACGGACGCCGUCGAUGGGACAGGAGAAUACGACCAUUAAGUUGGUCUCGUGGUCUACUCAGACGCGCCCAACGAAAUCGGAAAAGUUCGGAGCCAAACCCAGCACCGGAAACAGUGAUUGAGUUUGGAAAUUUGAAUCUGAACGGAGAAGACCGUCUCGAGUCGGGCACAGUGUCCGAUGCUUACGGAUCAGAUGACAAAGAGGGAGAGUGA